AUGGUUGAACAAUAUAGUGUUAUUGUCGGCAAAGCUGAAAAUGAUCAUGAAACUCCACCAAGAAGAAAUAGUAGAUUUAAGAAAGCUCCUUUAACUAGACCAAUUGGUAUGAAAUGUAAUACAGUUUAUGAAUUUUUAGUUGAAAUUUUUAACAAAAAUGGUAAGGGUAAAGCAAUGGGUUGGAGAGAAAUUAUCGAUAUUCAUGAAGAGAAAAAAAUUAUCAAUAAAGUUAUUGAUGGUAAAAAUAUACCAACAGAAAAGAUAUGGCAAUAUUAUGAAAUGAGUAAAUAUAAAUAUAAUACUUAUGACGAAUUAAUGAUUAUAAUGCACGAUAUUGGUCGUGGUUUAGUUAAAAUGGGUUUAAAACCUGAAAGUGAUGAUAAAUUACAUAUUUUUGCUUCAACUUCACAUAAAUGGAUGAAAAUGUUUUUAGGCUCACAAAGUCAAUCUAUACCAAUUGUAACAGCUUAUGAUACAUUAGGUGAAUCAGGUUUAACUCAUUCGAUGGUUCAAACAAGUACAAACGCAAUUUUUACAGAUAAUGCUUUAUUACCAAAAUUAAUUAAUCCUUUACAAAAAGCAACAGAAAUUAAAUAUAUUAUUCAUUCUGAAAAAUUAGAUCCAAAGGAUAGAAGACAAAAUGGUAAAAUGUUUAAAAUUCCAAAUGAUGCUUUAAAUAAAAUUAAAGAAAUUAGACCUGAUAUUAAAAUUUUUACAUUUGAUGAAAUUGUUCAAAUGGGUCAUGAUUCAAAACAUGAAAUUGAUGCUCAUCCACCAACUGUUGAUGAUUUAUGUUGUAUUAUGUACACUUCAGGUUCAACAGGUGAUCCAAAGGGUGUUGUUUUAAAACAAUCAACUGUUAAUGCAGGUAUUGGUGGUGUUGGUAGUACAGUUUAUGGUUAUAUGGGUCCAGAAGAUAGUAUUAUUGCAUUUUUACCAUUAGCUCAUAUUUUUGAAUUAGUAUUUGAAUUAGAAUGUUUCUAUUGGGGUUCAUGUAUUGGUUAUGGUACUGUUAAAACUUUAUCAGCUCAAUCUAUGCGUAAUUGUCAAGGUGAUUUACAAGAAUUUAAACCAACUCUAAUGGUUGGUGUUGCAGCAGUUUGGGAAACUAUUAGAAAAGGUAUUUUAGCUCAAUUAAGUCAACAACCUGCUUUAGUUCAAAAAGUCUUCUGGACUGCUUAUAAUACAAAAUUAACUUUAAAAAAAUUACAUUUACCAGGUGGUGAUGCAAUUGGUAGAAUGAUUUUUAAAAAAGUUAAAGAAGCUACUGGUGGUCGUUUAAAAUUUAUGUGUAAUGGUGGUUCUCCAAUUAGUUUAGAUGCUCAGGAAUUUUUAUCAAAUAUUCUUUGUCCAAUGUUAAUUGGUUAUGGUUUAACUGAAACUGUUGCUAAUACUACUGUUACUCAACCUGAUCGUUUUGAGUUAGGUGUUGCUGGUGAUUUAGCAGGUACUAUCACAGCUAAAUUAGUCGAUGUUGAAGAAUUAAAUUAUUUUGCUAAAAAUAAUCAAGGUGAAUUAUGGCUAAAAGGUGCUUGUGUCUUACCAGAAUAUUAUAAGAACCCAGAAGAAACAGCUAAAGCUUUAACUGCCGAUGGUUGGUUUAAGACAGGUGAUAUUGCUGAAUGGACAGCCAAUGGUCAUUUAAAGAUUAUUGAUAGAAAGAAAAAUUUAGUUAAGACAAUGAAUGGUGAAUACAUUGCUUUAGAAAAAUUAGAAUCUAUUUAUAGAUCUAACAAAUAUGUUAUGAAUAUUUGUUGUUACGCUGACCAAACUAAAAUUAAAGCUGUUGGUAUUGUUGUUCCAGUUUUCCCACAAUUAGCUAAAUUAGCUGUUUCGUUAGGAAUAAUGAAACAAGGGGAAGAUGUUGAACAAUAUGUCGAUAAUCCAAAAUUAGCAAGUGCCGUUCUAGCAGAUAUGCUAAAGACUGGUAAAAGUCAAGGUUUAAGUGGAAUUGAACUAUUACAAGGUGUUGUCUUAUUCGAUGAUGAAUGGACUCCAGAAAAUGGUUAUGUCACUUCUGCACAAAAACUAAAGAGAAAAGAUAUCUUAAAUGCUGUUCAAAAAAGAGUUGAUAACGUUUAUUUAACAAAAUAG